UAAGCACUAAGGCUCCUGUAAAUUGGCAACACCGCGGCUUGUGUCUUUCUCUCUAUCUUUUCAAUUCAAUCUCUUUAUCGUCGUAGUAACACCAAAAAUUUGCUGGGAACCGGUGUGAAAAAUCAACCGCCAAGAUGGUAAAUUUUACAGUGGAUGAGAUGGCGAAUCUCAUGAAUCGCCCCAAAAAUAUUCGUAAUAUGUCUGUAAUUGCCCACGUAGAUCAUGGAAAAUCAACUCUCACCGAUUCCCUUGUUUCCAAAGCUGGAAUUAUUGCUGCUGCAAAAGCUGGUGAAAUGCGCUUCACUGACACUAGAAAAGAUGAACAGGAACGUUGUAUUACUAUUAAAUCUACUGCCAUAUCCAUGUACUUUGAAUUGUCUGACAAAGACAUGUUAUUUAUCAAAGAUGAUAAUCAAAGGGAAAAAGAUAUUAAAGGAUUUUUAAUCAAUUUGAUUGACUCUCCUGGACACGUAGAUUUCUCCUCAGAAGUAACUGCUGCUUUGCGUGUAACAGAUGGUGCUCUUGUUGUAGUGGAUUGUGUAAGUGGUGUUUGUGUUCAAACUGAAACUGUUCUCCGUCAAGCAAUUGCUGAACGUAUAAAGCCUGUUCUCUUCAUGAAUAAAAUGGAUUUAGCUCUUUUAACUCUACAGUUAGAAGCAGAAGAUAUGUACCAAGCAUUUCAGAGAAUUGUUGAAAAUGUGAAUGUAAUAAUUGCCACAUAUUCUGAUGAGACAGGUCCAAUGGGAGAUAUAAGGGUUGAUCCAUCUAAAGGGAAUGUUGGUUUUGGCUCUGGACUCCAUGGUUGGGCUUUUACGUUGAAACAGUUUGCUGAGCUUUAUUCUGAAAAAUUUAAAAUUGAUGUUGAUAAACUUAUGAACAGGUUGUGGGGUGAAAAUUUCUAUAAUCCUGGAACAAAGAAGUGGUCAAAGAAAGCAGAUGAAGGUUACAAGCGUGCCUUUGUUAUGUUCGUUUUAGAUCCAAUUUAUAAGCUCUUUGACGCUAUAAUGAAUUACAAAAAGGAAGAAACUGCACGUCUUUUAGAGAAGCUGAAUAUUGUCCUGAAGGGUGAUGAUAAAGAAAAAGAUGGGAAAAAUUUAUUGAAAGUUGUGAUGAGAACUUGGUUGCCAGCUGGUGAUACUUUACUUCAGAUGAUUGCUAUUCAUCUUCCAUCACCUGUUACUGCCCAGAGGUACAGAAUGGAACUUCUGUAUGAAGGUCCACAUGAUGAUGACAUUGCAGUUGCGGUUAAAAACUGUGAUCCCAAUGGUCAUAUGAUUAUGUAUGUUUCCAAAAUGGUACCGACUAAUGACAAAGGACGUUUCUAUGCUUUCGGCCGUGUUUAUGCGGGUACUGCAUCUUCUGGUCAGAAAGUAAGGAUUAUGGGACCAAACUAUACACCUGGCAAGAAGGAUGAUCUUGCAGAAAAAGCAAUUCAAAGAACUGUUCUGAUGAUGGGUCGAUACGUAGAGCCCAUUGAAAGUGUUCCUUGUGGUAACAUCUGUGGUCUAGUUGGAGUGGAUCAGUUUUUGGUUAAAACUGGUACUAUCACAACAUUCAAAGAAGCACAUAACAUGAGAGUGAUGAAGUUCUCUGUGAGUCCUGUUGUAAGAGUUGCUGUGGAGCCCAUGCAUCCUUCUGAUCUGCCAAAAUUAGUUGAAGGUCUAAAACGCUUAGCUAAAUCAGAUCCUAUGGUCCAGUGUAUAAUAGAAGAAUCUGGUGAGCAUAUUGUUGCUGGUGCUGGUGAAUUGCACUUGGAAAUUUGCUUGAAAGAUCUGGAAGAAGAUCAUGCUUGCAUUCCUCUCAAAAAGACCGAUCCUGUUGUUUCAUACAGAGAAAGUGUUGCUGAAGAAUCUGGCAUUAUGUGUCUGUCAAAAUCUCCUAAUAAACACAACAGACUAUACAUGAAAGCUGCUCCUAUGCCUGAUGGGUUACCUGAAGAUAUUGAUAAGGGAACUGUUAACCCUAAGGAUGAUUUCAAGGCUCGUGCUCGUUAUCUUGUUGAUAAAUAUGAGUGGGAUGCCACUGAAGCAAGAAAAAUCUGGUGUUUUGGACCAGAGGGAACUGGACCUAACUUAUUGGUAGAUGUAACAAAAGGUGUACAAUAUUUGAAUGAAAUCAAGGACAGUGUAAUAGCUGGAUUCCAGUGGGCAACCAAAGAAAGUGUCCUGUGUGAAGAAAACAUGCGAGGAGUACGAUUUAAUAUAUAUGAUGUAACUCUACAUGCUGAUGCUAUUCACAGAGGUGGUGGGCAAAUUAUACCAACUGCCAGAAGAUGCUUCUAUGCUUCUGUAUUAACAGCCCAACCCCGUAUUAUGGAACCAGUGUAUUUAGUUGAAAUUCAGUGUCCUGAGGCUGCUGUUGGUGGUAUUUAUGGUGUACUGAAUAGACGUCGAGGCCACGUGUUUGAAGAGUCUCAAGUACCUGGAACACCUAUGUUUGUUGUUAAGGCUUACUUACCAGUAAAUGAAUCUUUUGGUUUCACAGCUGAUCUGCGUUCCAAUACUGGAGGUCAAGCAUUCCCACAAUGUGUAUUUGACCAUUGGCAAAUUCUACCUGGUGAUCCAUUAGACGGAAAGUCCAGACCUUACCAAAUUAUCAUGGACACAAGGAAACGUAAAGGAUUGAAAGAAUCUUUACCAGAUCUUGAUCAAUAUCUAGAUAAAUUAUAAAGAACUCUUUAAACAAAACAAAAAAAAAAAAAAAUGCUAGACAGCUGUUAUUUGUAAAUGUUACUGGUAUUAAAACCUAAUAAAAUGCUGGCUAGACAAUGCAA